CCUAAGGCCCCGCCCUCAGGAAGAGCAGUCGCCGCCAUGGAGGAAUAUCAGCCCCACCACGAAGAGAUUGGCUUCAAUGCUGAUGAAGCACACAAUAUUGUAAAAGAGUGUAUAGAUGCUAUAUUGGGCGGUGUGGAUUAUAAUCAGAAUAAUGUCAACCAAUGGACUGCAGCUAUAGUGGAACAAUCCUUAACACAUUUGGUAAAAUUAGGGAAGACAUAUAAAUAUAUAGUUACUUGUGCAGUGAUGCAGAAGAGUGGAUCUGGUUUACACACAGCCAGCUCAUGUUUUUGGGAUACUACAUCUGAUGGAACCUGUACCAUAAGAUGGGAGAAUCAAACUAUGAACUGUAUCGUCAAUGUUUUUGCCAUUGCUAUUAUCCUGUAACUAAAUGGGAAUAUUAUACCAGCGCCUUUAACAUAAGAAAUUAUCAAAAUGUUCUUGAAUGAAACUAUUCAUAGUAUUAUUUAAUUAUCUUAUUGCACUAGAAGUGAAAGUUUGCAAUUGGCUUCAGAACAGUAAAAACUGAACAUUGUAAGUAACUAAUCUUAGAGCUCAAAGCGUACUUUAAUAAUCAUUUGCCUAGUAAGAAAAUACCAGACCCAGAAAAAUAAGACAUUAAAAUGUCUAAAUACUGUAUUUAUGUUUGCACCAGCCUUCAUUAAUGCUAUGUAUCCAGGAGAUGGAGGAAUUAUGUUUGGGAUAAUAAAGUUCUCUGGAGUUGGAAAAAUAGAAUUCUAUCUUUUUAGUGUGUAUAAAUUAACCCAGGUUCUUAGUUCAAUAAUUAUCAGUGCCUCAUUUAGUCAUACAUGCAAAAUACUAUAAGUAUUGUAUGUUUUUCUUUUUUUAUGAAGUACUAUUAUAUAGUAACUAGAAUUAACUUUUUUCAAAGUAAUUAUUUAAUGAUUUGUUGCCUUUCAUUUCAAAAUUCCAAGUUAAUCAUUGAAUGAUAUUGGUGGAUUGAUUUCUCUAGCCCAGUAAAGUUCACCAUAGAAUAAGAACAGAUAUCUUAAUUCAUUGUUUUUCAAAUCAUUCAUUCUGUGUUCAACAAAUAUUUUUUGAUUACUCACUAUGUACAGUAUCCUGUUUAGUUACCACAUUGUUGGUGCCUUCUCCCAGUUUGGAAACUGUAGCAUUUAUAAUUUGAGUUUGUGGACAUGGGAAUAAAAGCAUUUGGUCUAUAAUUUAAAGUCUAUAAGACAUUGGCACUUAAUUAAUUUUAAGAGCAAAAUAAAGUGAACAGAAGCCAUGUAGAAGUUAGAAAAAUUAAGUGAUUACAACAAGAAGAUUUUAUUUACCAUUGUAGAUAUGACCUAGUGAAAUAUUCAAAGAAGGUUGGGAUAAAUAUGCACAUUUAAUUUUGUUCUUAGUUUCAUGACUAGUAAGUUGUAUUUAUUGUUUUGAUUAUAAACUGUCAUUUAUAUAUCACUUAUAUGAUAUUUAAAAUAUAUAGAGUAAGUUAUAAAUGUAAAAUGUACAUUCAUUAGCAGGUUAUGUAAUAACUCAGGGCUCGUGAAAUGUAGAAAAAUAUAUUGAGAAGUAAAGACUUUAAAUUAGUAUCCACACAGCUGGGCUACCAAAUGGCGAAGUCAAUCUGCUGUCUAAGCAAGAAAUGAAGUUAUAAAUGCAAAUGGUCUUUUAAGACUGAUUAGAUCUUUAAAGUGAAAUUAAAACAUUGAAUUUUGAAGAAGGGCUGAGUGAUAAAUAGUAAAUAUUAAUGGGGCAUAAGGUGGUGAUAUUUGCAUGUUCUCAUUUUAGCUAUAUAUAGCAAGGACAGUUUAAGAACUUAAAAUGAAUAUUAGAAAAAGUUAAGUUCAGUUUAAAUGCUGUAGUGUACCUCUUGGUAUAUCAAAAGUUAUCUCAUAACUAUUACUUUGAUGCUAUUUUUCUUGUACUCAAAGAUUGUACUAGAGUGAUCAAAGUACUAGUGUAAUUGAGUGACAUCAUUGAAUCUCAGUUUCUUAAAAAAUAAUCAUAGAAACAUAUGCCUUGUGAAAACCUGUUUUAAAGAAUUUGCUUGAUACCGUUUCUGUAGCUAAAAGAUAAUAAAAAUUGUUUGCCUUA